CAACACUGUCCACGACGGUCGCAGAGUCGCCAUUUUGGAAGUGCAUCGAGUUUUUCCAGGGACGUUGCGAAACUUUUCGUGAUAGAGGCUGCACCCGCGCGGCUCUAGAAUGAAUCAAUCGCGAAAUUUCACGUCUCUGUUAAAUCCGAGUUAUUUGCAAAACGCGCAGAACGCCGUGUCGGCAAAUGCAGCCGCCGCAGCGGCGGCGGCGGCGGCCGCCGCCGUCUCCGCGGCUAUUGCUAAUGGAACGACGGGCAACGCGAAUUCUUCCGCCACGGCGCAAGGCAGAAAGCGCGAAGCAGAAAACGAGGGCAAGCAGGAUAAAGAGUCUAAAGAGGAGCGCAGGAAGAGACGGAAGACCAGAUGGGGAGGUAGCGAGCAUGACAAAACUUUCAUUCCGGGGAUGCCCACUGUGUUACCGACCAACCUAACUCCUGAACAGGAGAAGGCGUACCUGUUUCAACUACAAAUCGAGGAAAUCAGCAGGAAACUACGCACUGGGGACCUUGGAAUCCCACUUAACCCUGAGGAAAGAUCGCCAUCCCCUGAGCCGAUUUAUAGUAGCGAUGGUAAACGGUUGAACACUCGAGAAUACCGAACGAGACGUAAGCUGGAGGAAGAGCGUCAUAAUCUGAUACAGAAGAUUUUGAAAAUCAAUCCCGAAUUCAAACCACCACCGGAUUACAAACCACCGAUCAUCCGAGUGCACGAUAAGGUAAUGAUUCCGCAAGAGGAACACCCGGAUAUUAAUUUCGUUGGCCUCCUCAUCGGACCUCGCGGUAACACCUUGAAAUCCAUGGAGAAAGAAACCGGCGCGAAGAUCAUAAUCCGCGGAAAGGGCUCCGUGAAGGAGGGAAAAGUCGGUAGGAAGGACGGCCAACCAUUGCCAGGCGAAGACGAGCCUCUUCAUGCCUACAUCACGGCGAAUAAUCUGGAUGCUGUGAAAAAGGCAGUAGAAAGAAUCCAUGAGAUCAUCAGACAAGGCGUCGAAGUGCCGGAGGGCCAGAACGACUUGCGUCGCAAUCAAUUGCGCGAAUUGGCAUUGUUAAACGGAACUCUGAGAGAGAACGACGGGCCGCGUUGCACCAACUGCGGAGCAUCCGACCACAAGUCCUGGCUGUGUCCAGACAAGCCGAACGUGACGAAUAAUAUCGUGUGCUCGAGUUGUGGAGGAGCCGGGCACAUUGCGCGAGACUGCAGGUCCAAGAGACCCGGCCAAGGUGGUCCGGCAGCAGCGGGCAUGGGUCCAGGUGGUCCAGGAGGUGACAAAGCGAAGAUCGACGAGGAGUACAUGUCCCUGAUGGCUGAACUGGGAGAAGGGCCCCCACCGGACAGGUCUAAGGGUGGCCAACCGAGGCAACCCAAUCCCAAUUAUCCGGGAUUGUUCGAUAGGCAACAAGCUCCGCGGGCCCUGAUGGCGGCCCCAGCGCAUCCGCCCCCGCAGAUGAUGCAGGGCGGUCCCAUGAUGCCGCUGCCGGGCAUGGCGCCUCCACCCUGGAGCCAAGGCGAGGUGAACAACAUGAACGGCAUGAACAUGCAGUGGCAGCCUCCGGUGAGCAUGCCACCUCCACCCGGCGUGAUGCAGCCGCCCCCGCCGCCUCCUGGUUCCACGGGUCAGCCGAACAUCCCCCCGCUGAUGCCCUGGAUGGCGGGCAACGGUCAACCUCCUCCACCGGGACAAAUGCCGCCCACCCAGAUUCCGCCGCCCGGGAUGGGCAUCCCGCCCUGGCAGCAAGGCCAGCAGCCUAUGCGCCCACCUCCGCCCGGAACCGCUCCACCUCCUGGUUUCCCAGGGUGGCAGCCACAGCAGAUGGCCGCCUGGCCUCCGGCUGCCCCCGUUCCACCGCCUCCUCAGCAACAAGCUCCUGCUCCACCCGGGAUCGACCUGAACACCCUGCCUACCCUCCUGGCGCAGCCUCCGCCUCCACCCCCGCCGACCAGUUAGUGCGACUAGCCCUCCUCGUCACGGAAAACCGGGAGAUUGACCCGGGGAUUACCUUUAAUUCCGGGAAUACAUAAUGGCCCGUACUUGAAGGAGUCUCUUACGCACGGCAACCUGGUGGAUACCGCGGAGAUGGAGGCUGGUAGGUCCUCAAAGACGAGGAAUUACCGUAUUAUUAAUGAUGGAGGAAUGGAAGAGGAUUUUCUCAUGACUCAUUUGUCCCACCUCUGCGGUAUCUAGCCGUUUGGUGUGUUGUUUCCCUCCUCGCUGAGUAUUUCUCUACCGGGUCGAUGACGAGCGGAAUUGUGGACAAUGCGGAAACGUGAUGACGACACGUUUCGUUUCGAUGGGCAGCGAUCGAUUUUUUGAGGGGUAAUUGCGCCUCCGUUAGGGCGAGGGCCUCGCCUGCUUUCGCGGACAUUUUUCCGGGUGUUUCAAUCAAUCGGGCACGGAACGUGCGCGUUCUUAUUAUAGUACAACUUCGACUUAGAAUGAGAUUCCACGCGCAGGGGCUGAGGACCGCGUCGUCUCGAUUUGUACAGAAUUUCGGUCACUUCCGGGGAAAUUAUCGAGCCAGGUUUGUGUAGAGUCGCGUCGAUCAUGUUGCUGUAAACGCGUUUUUCAAAAUGGCGUCGGAUACCUCGAGUCGUAUCGUCGCAGUUUGGAGGAAAUCAGUCGUUCUUUCUUGGCCGCGACUUGUCCUCAUCCCCUGGAAUAUCCUCCGAUGUCCGCUCAGAAUGUAGCAUCGACGUAAUUAGGCAAUCGAACAGUACUCAGAGCCGAGAUUCCAUAUCGGGGGACGAUUGUAACGCGAUAUAACAGGGAAAAAAAAGAAAGGAUAAAAAUGGCGACAUCGGAGCGGCGUAAUAACGAAGUUCUUCUCGUGACGUUUAAUUUAUAAAAAGUACCGCUUAGAGACUCGAGGCGAUGAUUUGUACCGACUAUCGUUUAGCCAGUACUUGAACAUGGAAAAAAAAAAAGAAAUUGUGGAUUACAUUUUGUCUAUACUAGGCUUAAGUUACACGAAAUUAUGUCUGCAGGGAUUAUUAAUAUUAUUAUUAAUAGUUACUACUAUUAAUAUGUCCUGUAACGCAUAUGUUAUGACACAAAUAAAGACAAUGGUAAAGUCA